GCAGUUUUCCCCCAUCACCCAUACGUUUCAACAAAUUAUGGUUGUUGCGGAAGAAAUGGAACAGAAAUUCGCGGCGAACUUCCUAGAAAGAGAAAACUACCCUAGAGACGGAGAUUCGACAGAUCUUGCACGAGCAAUAGCAGAGUUGGAUGCUUUACAGAACAAAUUUGAAAACAUGGGGUUUGUAUCAGGACCUGUCACCUAUAUGGAACAGAUAGGCCCCAAACGAGUAGUCCUAAGCGAGACUCUGAGCAUCUCUGCUCCUAUGAUGCCCCCGCCCAUCAGGGCCUUACCCCCGCCGCCGGUUGAGGCUCCUGUACGAUCAAACGAGUCGGCGGCCAUUUUCGAACUAACCAAGACCUUGAUUAGUUUGAUCCAAGAAAGCAAAAAGGAGCAACGAGAGCACAAUGCUCGGCUGGAAGCCAUGAUGAGGAACAUGCGACCCAUUGCGGUGCGUGCCCCUCUGAUGCAGCAAGGAUUAGCCCCAGCCCCUGCUCUCGGGGGAGCUGCGAACAAUCAAAAUGUCUGCUACGCCUGUCAUCAGCCCGGACACCUAGCCCGUGAUUGCCCCCACCGACCCCCACAACAGCGGAUCAGAGCCGCACCUAUGGCUGCGGCUCCCAUGGCCAACGGACCUGGACGAGUCGGAGCCCUGAUGGAAGAAAUAGAGGGUGGGGGAAGUGCCCUGGCUACCUCAAGAGAGGCCGCCGAGCUAAUCCCGCUAAACCAGUACGUAUCGCUAGGAUAUCCUGGGCUUGGAAUGAUCGGAACAAUCCGACCAGCACCAGAACCGAAAGAGGUGGCGGAGUGGCGACCGUCCCUAGGAGAAAUGGAGUUGGGAGGACCCUCCUUCGUCACAGGGGAGAUCGAUGUAUUAAACAUCAUCCAAGCUUUGGACCAUCGGAUUCCCCUUCCGAUUGGUCAUCUGCUCUCGAUCUUCGAGCAAGCCAACGAGCGAAUGUUACAGCAUUGCAAAGCGAACCGAAAGCGAUUCGCCCUUGCCCGAACCCCAAACGCGAAAGCCAAAAGCCCCGCGCCCGAAGAAAACCCCGCAAACUCGAGAAAAGUUGCGGCAGUGAAGGAAGCUCCGGUUCCCACGUCACUGACGCAAGUUCGAGCCUUCUUGGGACUAGUGUCGUACUAUCGGCGCUUCAUCAAGGGCUUUGCCGCGAUUGCACGACCACUACCGAAUCUGUUAUGGAAGGACCAGCCUCUCAGCUGGGACGCGGAGUGCCUGCAGGCCUUUGCAACCCUCAAGGACGCUUUGGCAACGACCCCUAUUUUGAUUCGACCGGACCCCUCGAAGCAGUUCAUUCUCAUCACGGACUGGCAACCGGAGGCUAUUUCCGCUAUUCUGGCGCAGAAGGGGAACGAUGGUCGCGAACAUGUCAUCGAGUAUGCGUCACGAACCGUGCCGGACGAACGGAGAAAUGACUCCGCACCUCAGGAAUUCGUCGAGCUCUCAUUUUGCCUGCUACGAGUGGGUCUGAACUGGAUGUGGGAAGGCGAUCAGAGGCCCGCGUCGGAGAUUGUGGAGUUGCUCGUCAUUCAGGCGUGGAGGACUAACGUGGCAGGAGAUCUUCUGGGAUUCGUCUUUGGAGCUGUGGAUCGAGGAAACCGAUCACAGAUCAUGCGCGAACUUACGAUCGUGAUCGCGCGAUUGGCCGACAAACUCCCCCUCGACAUCGUCUCUCAGAGCGACGAGGAACCCGUGCCACAUACCCUCUCAAGGACUCUCGCCCCGAGCCUCCUGUGGUCGGCUUGUAUCGAGGAGCGCUGGGCAGACGACCGUUUUCCCUCCCGUAGCGAGUACCUGAACGUCCACAGUAUGACUAAUCCCUGCUUCUUUCGGCAACCAACGGCGUUCGAGUGGGCGGCGCUGAGAGCAGAAGAGGAGGCCGAAGAGGAAUCGGAAGGAGAAUUGAGGAGAGAGGCCGGGGAAGCAGCGGCCCGAUUGGCCGAGGACGAGGAAGAAGAGCGCGAAGCAGAAGAAGAGUCGGCGGAAGCUGAAGAAGAAGAAGAAGAAGAAGAAGCAGAGGAGGAGACUUCGGAGGAAGAGAAAGAGGCCUAUAGUGAGUACAUCGAGGGUGAGCAAAUUGAGGAGGAGGUCGAAGACGACGAAGAAGUGGAAAGCGGGGACGACCCGGAGCCAACGCACAACGAGCUCGAGUGGGUGUCAGGACCAGAUCGACAAGAGGAAAACCCUGAGGCUGCUGCACAACGCAAGAAAGAGAUCGAGGAAGGAAAGCGGCUGGCGAUCGAUCCCGCACCAAACGAUCCUUUCAAGGAUCCCGAGCCGCCCAAGCCGGAGCAUGGAGACCUUGCGGCCACGACCUCAAGAGCCGCGACGACAAGGCGCCGACCCCGAUCCCGAUCCACGUCCCCCUCCGCCUCCGCCCGUCCCCCAAUUCGUCAACGUGUCAAUGAGGGGCUUAGCCCUUCGUCCCCGAUCCAUAUACCACCAUCCCCUUAGCUAUCUCUCUUUCAAUCAUUAUUUCCAUCGCGUCG